CCGGGCGUGAGAAAUGGCCGGAAGUAGCUUCGAGUCCGUCAUUCAAGCAGUAGAGGCUCUGGAGAAAAACUGGAGCGCAUCUGCUUAAAGGGCCGCCCAGGGUCAGGAUGGAGGGGCAAAGUCCGAGCAGGAACACAGGCCCCAGACCAGGAAGGCAUCUUGCUAAAGAAGGGGACCCGAAACCUCAGCUACCAGCGCCGAUGGUUCAUCCUCCGAGGAAACCUCCUCUUCUACCUAGAACACUAGACCGACCAUGCACCCCGGGCCUCAUCCUGUUAGAGAACUGCCAGGUGGAACCACACCUUAAGGCCGCAGAACCCUAUGCCUUUACCAUCCUGACCCCUGGGGUGGAGGGCACAGGUGGGCGGGCCUACAAGCUGGCUGCAGAAACCCAGGAAGAGCUGGAGACUUGGCUGUGGGCACUGGCUGGCGCGAGCUGGAGGCGGCUGGCUGGGCUGCUGUCCCCCCUCCCCCCCCCCACCAAAACCCAAUACUGGGAGCUGUGCCAGGCAGCUGGCCAAGAACCCAUCUCAUCCCCAGAGGACAGUGGCUUUCUAGCCACUGUGAGUACCCCCUCCAGCUUCCAGGAGUUGCAUGAGCACUUUGGGAAGGAGAUCCGGGUGCUGCACGUGGUGCAUAGAGAGCUCCAGGCAGCCAGUGACAAUGGAGACAGCAGAUCCCAGGCAAAGAUGGAGCAGGAGCUCAACCAGUGUCUGAUGAGUGACUGAGAGAUGGACCCAAAGCUAAGAGGUACCUACUUGCCAAGACAGCAGACUGCUUCAACAGAGACCCAGGUCCUGGCUCUGUCCCUCCCUCCCUCGUCCUUACCCCAUCCCCCCCUCAUCAAAUAACAAGGCAGGAGACAGGCCCAGGUACAACAGCAGGUUCUUUUCCGAUUCCUCAAAGCGCUGCAUGGGGUGGGGGCAGAGACAGAAGAGAAUGUAAACAUUGGGUUCCACCCCCUGGAGCUCAAGGGAAGACCCUUACCCAGAUAGGGACUAACUGGAGGGGUGGAAGGGAACAAGGUGAAAGGUAUGGGUCCUGGUGAGACAAAAGCAGGGGGGCCUGAGAACACAGAGCAAGGUGGGUUUGGAGGGAGCACAGCAGGGUGCAGGAAGGGAGAUGGGGGACAUUUCCUAUUCCAGUGCAUGUCCCCUUAAAUAAACUGGGUACAGGAGCAUUAUGGAAGGAGAACCAAAGGACAGAAGACAAAGCGAGCACCCCCACCCCAGGCCAACGCCAUCCUCUGUACACAAUUACAACACAGGUCCAGAAGGAGAGCCCUGGCCAGGAAGUGGGGGACACAGGGAGGACUGAAGACAGGGAAAAGGAAGCCAGCUCCACCUCAUGGUAAGGGGAGCCAUGGAGUGUAAGAAUCUGAAACUGCUGACUCCCAUCACCAGGAGUCACCCCUGGGAUGACAACAGGCCAUUCAGGACAGCACCUAGGAGGGGACCCAGAGGGAACUGGGGCAGGAGCGACAGAGACCCCCAGCUGAGCCUCAUGGGAGAUGAGAGGCUCCAGACUCAUUUGCAGCUGCCCAUCUGUCCUGCCCGUGUAGGGAUCAGCAGCUGGCGAGGAGAUGGGGAACCAAGCCACUUUCCCCAGCAAGGGACAGCCUGACAAGGUGCUAGGGGGUGGUACCUCGGGCCAGGCCUGUUCUUGGCUGAGGGAAAGAGGGGGGCCAUGCAGUCCAGCCCCAGGGCAGAGGUCAGAAGUAAGCGUCCUGCCGGGCCUCGGCUGAGGGCCUGUCCCCACCAUCAUGGGGGCCUGGGGGCCCAUCUGCCUUUCGACGCAGCGAAAGCUUCCGGCCUUGAGCCUUCUUCUCCUGCUUCUGCCGCUCCUUCUCCUGCUUCUCUCGCUCCUUUUCCUGCUUCUCUCGCUCUUUCUCCUGCUUCUGCCGCUCCUUCUCCCGCUCCUUCUCCUGUUUCUGCCGCUCCUUCUCCUGUUUCUGCCGCUCCUUCUCCUGCUUCCGGGUCUCCUUGCUGGAACCCAAGGGGGUGCUAUUGCCAGUGGGUGAGGGAAGGGAUGGAUGCAGUCCCUCAGCAGUGACCACAGGCCCUGGGGCAGGCCCAGCACUGGCUCUGCGGAUGGGGGGCGGCGGGGACGGGGCCCCUCCAGCUGCCCGGGAGCCUCGGCUCUUGAGGCCAGGGAGGCUGAGGAGGCUGGAGGAGGGGCCCAGGGGUGGCUGUUGCCGCCGGCGCUCCUCGUGGAUGGCCCGGGACCCAUGCAGUCGCCGUGAGGGCCGAUACUGCAGCUCCCCCCGCGUUUCCCGCCACUUCUUGAGCUGGGCUGCAUUCUCCCGCUCAAUCAGUGCUUCUGUCACCGGCAGAUUGGUCACCUGCACAGAGAGGAAACGCGUACCAGAAUGGAGCUGAGGGUGGGAGCGGGCUGAGGCAGGCAGGGGCUGCGUUGAGGGCACAGGCCUACCUCAUGCACCAGGAAGUCUUCCUGCAUGCAUUGCUGGGGCAGGUUACGCAGCUGCUCCAUGGUCUCAUACAUGCCUUGGCAGGAGCGCAGCUUCUCCACCGAGCCCAGCGUGUGGCGCAGCAGGACCAGGGCCACCCGGAAGAUGAUCUUAACGCCUGCAGGGGUGGAGAGUAGAGAGCAUGGGGUGGUCAGACCCAAGAUCUCAGCCUGUCCUGAUCAGGAUAGACUCACAGCCCCCAUCCCCAUCUACUGCCAAUCUCAGAUGAGGAAACUGAGGCCCUGUGAAAGGACAUGAGCUGCUAUCAGUCUCAGGAUCUUGGCAGGGAGAGCAGGCUCUGGGUUGGUGGCAGAACUAAAAUCAGGCCUGUUUCUCCAGCCCCCAGCUGCUUAUGGUGAAACCUCCACCCAACAAGUACCUUUUGUCCAUGGACCACCAGAAAUAUGACAGAACCCCUGGUAGCCACCACAGAAACCCCAGCCCCUCAUGCCUGGAGGGCCACAGAAGUACCUUCACAGAAAAACAUGUCCCAGACACGCAGCACCGACGCCCAGGGCAGGGUGCGGGCGAAGAUGCACAUGAACCACUCCGUCAUGUAGAGCACAGGGUCAAUGCGCUGCCGCCGCAGGUGGCGAUGCGCCAGCGGGGAGGCCCGGCGCAGGAGUGCAAAAAAGAUCUCCCCGUCCAGCUGAAUGGCCUCCUGCAGGUGGGACAAGCCAUGAAAAGAGGGCCAAGUCAGCUGUGCCCCCAUCAGGGGAGAACUGGCCGGCCCUGUGGGCAGAGGCCGGGAAGGCCAGGGUGGGGCAAGGCAAGGACCUGCCUGCAGCCUGGAGGAAACGCCACAGCCCCGGAUGCACCCAGCCUCCAGACACUCACCAGCCCUGCACUGUAGUAACCUGGGAGGUACUUGUCGCAGAUCUGCACCAGGCACCAAAAGGCUUGCUGAGAAGAGCAAGAACAAGGAGGAGGGGUGGGGCCUGAGAAGCAGGGAGCAGGGAGCAGGGAGCUCCCCCAUCACCACUGUAGGCUGAGAUCCCCCCUGCCCCUCCCGGCCCAGGACCAGGGCGCUGACCUCCGCAGGCAUGUGCAUGAGCAGGACCGCAGCCACGGGGGCCUGGGCCUGGCAGUAACCCUCGUCAGGCCGGUAGAUGGUGUAGGCCUUCAGGAUUCGGUACAGGUCCUGUUGCCUGUGGGGGUUGGGGAAGACUGUGAGGGCAGUCACGGGCUGAGAGCUCUGUCCCCAAACCCAGUUCCAGAUUCGUCCCAGAGUUUAUCACCAGGCUCCUCCAUCCACCUGCCCAGUCCUGCUGAGCGAGCUUCAGCUAAAGGCUCAGCCCACAGCAGAGCACUCCAGGCCCCGGGGCUCCGCCUUUGGCUACAUACUCCACAUGGUCCUGGCCAUCCCAGCACAGGCUACACCCUCGUCCUCCUUCCUCAGCCACAUCCCAGAAACCUUCCAGGUCAUUUUCUCCAGGAAGCUUUCCACAGCCGCAGCAUCAGCCCUCCUCUAGCACUAAAUGUCUUUGUCACCCCAAAGCAGGAGCUCCCCAGGGCAGGGCCUGCCUUAUCGGUCUCACUGGAUUUCAUGGUUCUUGGGGAAGGCUUGGAAGCCAGCUGUGCCUCAGCCCUUUCUCUUGUCUCUGCAUCCAAAAGAAUAAAAUCUGUACCCUAGACCUGCUCCUCUUGAGGGUGCCCCACUGCCGUGUCCAGGACUUCUAUUCACUCAGCCCCACAUCAGAAAAGAACCCCUUACUCCAAGCCUAAGCAGCGCUGCACCCUGAAUUCCAUUCCCGCCUGCUCCUCUCCACCUCCACAGCCAUUCACAGCUCAGACCUCCAUUUCUUGCCCAUAAAAAAUGACCUCCCAGAUCCUCUCCCUGCCUCCAGUCUCACACAUCCUCCUCCUGACCACUUCCCAGAAUAGCUUUUCCCAAAACUCCAGGCAUUCAAGUGUGAUCUUCAUUUGUAUUUUAUCUGUGUACCACCCUACUAUUAUUUAGUUGGCAUUUUUUCUCCACUUUGCAAAAGCAUCCACGAAAUGACAGGUUUGAUAUGGUUAUUUUACCUAAUGCAUAUUAAAAUAAAUGUGUAACUUCCACAAGCACCC